GCGCCGCGCAGCAGCAGACAGCACUCUCUCACAUUCUCUCCCUCUCUCAUCCCCAGGCAGGGCGGGCAGGCUCCAAUGGUAGAAGCCACGGCAUCGUGAGGAUUGGAGUUGUAGUACUGCCCAUUCCCCGUUUCCCCUACCCCAAGAACCACCACCCCCUACCCCAAGAAACAAACCAGGGGCCACGCCAAGAACUGCCCACGGUGCCCGAUUCCCCAACCCCCCGCCGGACCGCCGCUUCUUGCUCCUGUCCGGCCGCCCAGUUCUUCUUCUUCGGAGUUGGGUCCUGCCAUUCGCUCGUCCGUCGGGACUUGGAACGCAGGGCAUCCGAGGCGGCGGGCGGACCACGGGCGGCACGUGACGGGCGGUUGGCGAUGGCGAGAAAGAGCAGCGCCACCCGCACUACAUAAACACCAGCCGCGCGGGCCAAGCCAAGAUCUGAGCCUUCGCGGCGAAGGAACCACCAGCGCAAUGGGCAGCGCCGCGGUGGAGCCGGAGGCGUUCGCCACGGCGGAGGCGGUGGUGGGGGAGAUCACGCGGCUGCACCGCUCGCUGCCGCCGCGGCCGCCGCCCGAGGACGUGGAAGCCGCCGACGCGCUGGCGCGCGCCGCGGACCGGGAGGAGCGCGCGCGCCUCGACGCCGUCGAGGCCCUCCGGCGGGCCCCCGCCGUGCCCGAGGAGCUCUUCUGCGUCGCGCGGGACAUGCACCGCGCGCUGGCCGGCUUCCGCUGCCGGGACCAGAAGCGCGACGCCGCGCGCCUCCUCGACCUCGACGCCCUGCACAACCUCUUCGACGACCUCAUCACGCGCGCCUCCCACUGCGUGCCCUCCUCCUCUUCCAGCUGCGCCGCCCCGCCGCGAUUCGCCAGCAACGGCGGCGCCAGUACCUCCUCGUCCAGCUACUCCUCGGCGGGGCCCGUGGCGGCUGUCUCCGACCGCUCAUCUUUCGCCACCAACGGCGGAUUCGGUGCCGUGGGCACGAACAUGGGCCGUGUCUCCAUGGAUGACAGCUACGUCAACAAGGCCAAGGCGGCGGUGUGGGAUGGCGGGGCUGUCACAGCGAGCUCACAUGCGCCGCGAGGAGCCGUCGCCGCCGCACACUCCCUGCCGGUUCCAAUGGAUACCAGUUAUGGAGAUGGUACGGAGAAAUUGAGCCUGAUUAAGCUAGCUAGCAUGAUUGAAGUGGCCGCCAAGAAAGGCGCUCAGGAACUCAACUUGCAAGCAAAACUCAUGGCCCAGAUUGAGUGGAUACCUGAUUCAAUCGGAAAGCUCACUGGUCUUGUUACCCUCGAUAUUUCAGAGAACCGGCUUGUGUCUUUGCCAGAAACUAUCGGGAAGCUUUUCUCUUUGGCCAGGCUGGAUCUUCAUGCUAAUCGAAUCGCUCAACUCCCUGACUCGGUCGGGGAUCUUCGCAGCUUGAUUUACCUUGAUCUCAGGGGCAAUCAGCUUACAGCAUUGCCCUCUAGUAUCGGCAGGUUGGUGAACCUUCAGGAGCUUGAUGUGGGUGCGAACCGGAUUGUCUCGCUACCUGAUUCAAUAGGAAGCCUUACACGCCUGAAGAAGUUACUGGUCGAGACAAACGACCUUGAUGAGCUACCUUACACAAUCGGUCAGUGUGUUUCACUGGUCGAAUUGAAUGCAGGCUAUAAUCACCUGAAGGCUCUUCCAGAGGCUGUUGGGAAGCUAGAAUCUCUGGAGAUCCUUGCUGUGAGGUACAACAAUAUCAGGAGCCUUCCAACUACAAUGGCCACUCUCACUAACCUCAAGGAGCUCGACGCCAGCUUCAACGAGCUUGAGUCAAUUCCUGAGAACUUUUGUUUUGCGACUUCUCUUGUUAAACUGAAUGUCGGGAACAACUUUGCUGACAUGCAAUCUCUGCCUCGCUCUAUUGGCAACUUUGAGCUGCUGGAAGAGUUGGAUAUAAGCAAUAACCAGAUCAAGGUUCUUCCAGAUUCCUUUAGAACUCUGAAGCGACUCCGUGUGCUUCGUGCAGAAGAGAAUCCUCUACAGGUGCCACCGAGGGAGAUAGCUUUGAAGGGAGCUCAGGCGGCCGUCCAAUACAUGGAGGAAUAUGCUACCAAGAAAGCUACGAAGCCACAGCCAGUGAAGGGAAGGAACACUUGGGCUCAGUUCUGCUUUUUCUCCGGUCCUAACAAAAGAAAGCAUGAUCGGAUAGAAGACACUGAUACAUGAUCCAUGGAGGCUUGGUGAGAGUUGAUGAAAUGUUUUCCUGGUUCACUCCUGCGGAACAAACUAUAUCAUUUGCCCUUUGGCAAUGGUCGAUGGUGCAGGUUUCUGUUAUGGAACCAAGAUGGCUAGAUUACAUCAGAUUUACUCUGCUUUCAUCUUCUACGUCAGACGGUGCUUAACCCUAUAUGGCUUAUGCUGGUGGCUCGGAGAUUGUUCAACUGAAAUGAGUACUGUCAUUCUUCUUUUUUUUGUGUUUUUACGGGAAGGGUAUUGUUAGCCUUCAGUGGUUUACUAGUUCGUCUUUGUGUCUCUUUAGCUGCUUUAUGCAUUCUGGAUAGUGGUUCUUCCAAAAAAAAAAAAGGUACUCCGUAUUUUGUAGAAUGUUGCUGAAUGCAAUGAAGAACAGAACAUUUUGUA